UGUAGCCCCGGCAUUAGUCGCGAACACUCGUGCGCGAUCGUUUCCGAACGGACCGAAUACGUCGAACUCUUUGCCGCCACGUUUAAAAAUAAACAGUUCGAUUUUUAAAGUUUUGAUUUGAAUAAAUAGCGGUAUUUUCUCGUGUUUGAAUUCGGAAUUUGAAUAUGCCGAUUUGAUGUUGGCGCUGGUAUAAAGUUUUUGCUGUACACAAUAUUUUGUUCCAGGGUUGGCUGCGCAUGGGACAGUAUGAUGCGGUGGCUCCUGGCGCUGACCGCCGCGGCCUGCGUGCUCGCGCAGGACUCUGAGGACAGGAAAUCGAAGCUGCCCUUCAUAGCCGAUGCAGUCGGCAACAAGAUCCCGCCGCCAUCAAACGGACCAUCUCCAGUCGGCAGUCCGAGCAACCUGCUGACUCCAGACCGAUACGAAUUCUACACUUUCGACGAAUCUGGAGAACUCGUGAAGAGACUGAUGACACUUGAAGAGAUACAAGCCAUAGUUGCAGCAGGAGAGGGAACCGAUGGUCAUCUAGUUACGUUUGCGAAUGAAGAACAACCUAAUAUUUCGUUCAACUUCAGUCAAGCUCCGUACACAAAGGUGCAUAACGUAGUGACCAAUGUGCAGAAUGUACUUAAAGCUCAAAUGGAAGCCCAAAAGAACAACCCACCAACUCAUGGCGCUUUAGACACGCCCGAUGUAUCUGAUUCGUGGAGUUUAAUCUUGCCAACGAUUUUUGGUAACACUGGCGCUGAAAUAAUUCCUGAUAAAUCUUCAAAUUCACACGCUAUUCCAGAAACUGAUACUGUCGAAGCGGACUUUGAUGAGAACUCAUUGAGUAAGGAAGGCACCAACCACGUACUGAGCAGUAGUGCAGCCACGUCAAAGUACGAAGAGCUGGAUAUCACAACAGAAGCUAUAAGAGAUGUUACACAUAAAUCUGAACCGACAACCACAUCAACAACAACAACAACUACUACUACCACAACGACAACUUCCAAACCAACCACUACAUCCACCACUACCACAACCACCCCUCGACCGCGCCCUACUACCACUACCACCACCACUACCACAACUGCUAAACCUCGUGCUACAUCAACUACGACCCAAAAACCUCGUACCACUUCAACAACAACUACCACUACUCCUAAAGCACGUGUAACAACUACAACAACGCCCAAACCACGGACUACAUCAACAACCACAAAAAAACCAACGACGACCACUAAAAAGAGACCGGCUCCCACAAGUUCUGCUACAACCCCGAAACCUAAGACAACUACAACUGCUAAACCAGAACCAAGCACAACUGAAGAACCAAAGAUCACUACAGCUAAGCUGACACCUAAACCGAUAAAGUUAACAACUGAAAAACCAGUUAUAAGUAAAAUUCAGUCACCACACCUAAAUAGGAAGCCAUCAACUACGACGGAGAAAAUGACUACUGAAGAAAAACAGACUUCUUUUGUACCAGUUUCCACCGUGACCUAUGUGACCACCGAGCGCACAUCGACUAAAGCAACUGAAUCUGUAAAGACAACCGCUGCCUUCGCAAGUACUACGAAAAGAUCUGUGACUACAAGUAAAUUGACUACACCUUCACCAUUAUCUACUAAACAGCCUGUGAUCACGACUUAUAAACCACCUAAAACUACGAUUGUGUCAACUUUGACUCCAACAACAACUACACAGGAAACUAUAUUUGAACGAAUUGAUAAUGCAACUACUAUUACAACUCAAUCCGUAUCGCCUUCCACUACCUUGUCAACCACUGAAAACAUGUUAGCUGUGAAUAUACCAACAUCGGAAGAUAAUAAAGAACAAGUCGUUUCAAAUGAAGGCGAUGAUAUAAUUCCAUUCUUUGAUAUUGCCCAAAGCAUAAGUCAAAUUGCAUCAGAACUAGACAAUGAACCGAUUCCUACUACCAGUAAUUUAUUAGACAGCAACAAAGCAGGAGACAUGGAAAGUAAAGAAAAUUUAGAAAUAGAAAUAAACGACGUUAAAACCUCCGAUAAAACAACAACUGAACUUCCCAAUGAUAUCAAAGAUAAUGCUGACAACUUUGUCAAAAUAUCUACUAUAGACCCCCCAUCAUCAGCUGGACUAACCGACAAUAGAGUAACUAAUGCGGGUAAUGUAAAUAAAGAAGAGAUCAAACUUGAUGCAACUGCACCACCUCCAGAAGCACCUUUAAGUGCGGCUACUACUAUUGAUCCUAUUUUAUCUGAAUCUAUGGAUGACUUGUUCUCCCAGAUUAUCAACCAAAACCGUCAAAAUAUUAUACAAAAUACUGAAAAGCCUAUGAAUGAAGAACCAACAUUAUCAACCACAACGUCGAAAUCUAUUAUUAGCACCGAAAAAGUUCAAGAUACAACUACUACAGGACCUACGCCAAAUAAGAUUACGGUUGAGAAUCGUUUCAAGGAACCUACACAACAAUUAAAUAAUAAUAUCACAGAAACUAAUGAAAUCAAAACUAUUCCUCAGGAUAAUGAAAUUGUUUUAUCAUCGAUAGAGAAAACUAAAAUAGAAAAUAAUAAUAGUAUAACCAAUGAUAAACCUGAUGAUAAAUUUGUUCAAAUUCCUGUUAUAAAUAAAGAUAGCAGUGAAAAAGCAACAGAAAUAACAACAACAACAACUGAAGCCAUUGUGAAACAAGAAAGCACUACUUCUGUAAACAAAGAAGAUAAAACAGUACAAGAAGAAAGUUCUAGUCCUACUCCUAGUACUAGCUUUGAGACAAUUGUAACUAGCCAAGAAAAUAAUAAAUCUGACGUACCGCAAGAAUCGGUUAGCAAAGUUGAUGAGUCGGCAAACUCAACUGCUGUUCAAGAGAGUUCUGUUAUUUCCGAUACUAAAAAAAUACAGAGCGGGCCAGAAUCCAAUAAAAUUCCGGAUCUUAAACCUAAAAUAGAUGAAUUUAAGAAAAAGGUACAAAAAGUUAACAUCGAUGACAAGGAACUAGCUAAUGAAAGAAACAGCUCUUGGAAGCUUAUUUCUACUGUGAAACCCCCAAAGAGUAAUGAACUACUAAAAGAUAAGUUCAAAAAUGAAAAUAAUCACUUAUCAGAGUCCGAAGAAAAUAUCAAGAAUAUAAACUUAGAAGUUUCCAAAGAAAAUCAGGGACUAGAAGUAACUACUAAAGAUUUAGGCGAGGACAUUGCGCAGUUUACGGAACUAUGCAAUGAGCUUGCAUUCAGGUACUGGCACUCUAUGACUGAGAAUCUUGAAAAGAGGCGAAGUUUUGUAUUGUCUCCUUACUCAAUCACUUCUAUGCUGGCUAUGAUGUUCAUGGGAGCUAGAGGAGCUACUUCAGGAGAAAUGAAUGACAUUCUUAAACUGGACGACAUGGUUACAUUCAAUCCUCAUUUCACCUUGAAAAACAUUUCGGACUCCAUUGAAACAACUCCAGAAGCUGGUGUGGUUGUUUCUGCAUUUGUGAGACAGUUAUAUUCAGACAGGAACAAAGGAAAGAUCCUGUCAUUCUACAAGGAAAGAGCUCAGCACUUCUACAAUGGCCAUGUUGAGGAAAUUAACUUCAAGCUGAUCAGUGACAUCAUCAGGAGGCGGACCAACUUGCUUGUGAAGAGACAUUCUUGGAACCGAGUUCCAGAGUAUAUGAAGACUAACAGCAUCACCAUGCAACCUCCGCUAGCUGCCUUAUCAACGAAUGUCUUCCAGACGGACUGCUCCGGCACAUCAGUGGAGGGUCGCGACGGAGAGAUGUACUUCGUGGUGUCUCCGAACGUUCGCCAGCGGCGCCUGGUGCCGGUCCCCGCCGUGGUCUACAAGAGGGGCUUCCUGGCCGGCUACGACCCCUCGCUCGACGCCACCGCCGCCGCCCUAGGCAACACCAACUCCAUCGUCAGCACUCUCUUCCUCAUGCCCGGCCAGCAAGGCAACGUCGUACACGCCGAAGAUCUAGAAGAACUGGAAAAGAGACUGCUCGACUCGAACCCUACUACGGAAGUCUGGAACAGGUUGCUCAGGACACUGCUUCCUCGUAUAGGCUUGGAGCUGCAAAUACCCAGAUUCUCCCACAAAUCUGUCUUCAACGUCUCUUCGACACUGAAGACGAUGGGAUUGAAAGAGCUGUUUGACCCCGAGCAUGCCGAUUUAGGCGGCUUGAAUGGUCCAUCCAAAGACUUGUAUCUAUCGGACAUGAUUCAGCUGACGACGUUUGUGACAUGCGGAGAGGGUUCUAUCGGGGAGCAGCAUCACAUCGAGGAGUACCCCGAGAAGCUGGACGCUAACAGACGGCGGAGGACUUCGCGAUGGGCCGCGAGCUGGGAGGAGCCCAGAGACUACCAGCGAGCCUUCCAUGACCCGCACGAUGUAGGCGACGCCAUGCAUCUGCCGCUGCACCUCCGCCCGAGGCAAGCGAGGGUACCAACGAGGAGCGCGCAACCCGCCAGACUGAAGUUCGACCGACCCUUCCUCUUCUUCGUCCGACACAAUCCGUCAGGAAUGAUCCUCUACGUCGGAAGGUACAACCCGCGGCUCCUACCGUGAAACCAUGUGUGAAAAGACUGCUAGUGUAGUUCAAAUUAUAAUAUUCCUAAGAUCGGACAGUGAUCGAGAGAGCUGUUUGGCGCGUGUGAUAUUUUUAUGAAUGUGGUGUUAAUAAUGUAUGAGCAUUUACGUGACAGUAUUAGUGCAGUGAGUCCCGGUGUUAAAAAGGGAAUUGACUGGGUUGAAAGUGUGGAUUCGUAGAUUAUUUGGGGCAGAUAUCUCACAUCGUUAUAGCUACAGCAUUUACAGUAUUUAUCUGGCAAAUGUUUUAAUUCUCAGUGUAAGUUAUCUUCAACAUGUAGCAAAUAUGAGUGAAAUGCUUACUUGAUUACAACAUAGAAGAAAAUAUAGAUUUGAUUUUAAAUAUUAGCAUAUUGGCAGGUUUGCAAGCUCUUACUUGCCAGUUCUUAUCCAGCUGAUAGCUAAAUAGCUGGUGUACAUGUUUAUGUAGUUAUGUACUACGGAUGCCGCGAGCCGAGUGUUGAACAUGCUGGUUUUAUGUGAACAGUAACUAAUAUGGUGAGAGGUGAUAAGUUUAGCCGGUAAGAAUAAGUUCAAUUAAUAAUAGAUUAGACUUAGCAGUUUAAGUAGAUUUCCAUUUAAGAUUACAAUAAAAUUAUGUGCAAAUGCUCUAAUAAUAAGGUAGGUAGUAUAUCUAUAAUUGUAUGAAUAUACCCAAUUUCGUUAUUAACUUAAUACCUGAAAUAUUAUAACUAGAACAUAGCUCUAUCACGUGCACUUUAGAAUAUUAUUACAUAUACGACUGAGCAUACUGUGAAGUACUAGUUCUAUCCAAAUAUGGCAAAAUUUACAUAACAUACUUGGUUUGCGGCAUCUGUAUUAUUAAUUUCUAUCCAUGUUGUUAAUAAUAAUAGGUACAAUAAUUAUUAUGUUUAGAAUAAACACAAAUGUCUAUGUCGUAUGUCCGUCAAAGCACAAUGGAACACAUUAUUAUGUGUAAUUUUAGUUCAUAUCAUAGAAUAAAGUCGAUAAUAUAAACA